AUAACAUGCUGUAUAUAAUUGGUGGUCGCAACAACACCCCAGCUGGGAACAUAGACACAGCUUCCGUAGACAGGUAUGAUCCUCUGCGAGAUGAGUGGAAGCCUAUGGCACCCCUCAGUGUACCACGCAACAGGUUGGGCGUGGCAGUGGUAGAUGACCGUAUUUAUGCAAUUGGUGGAGGAAAUGGGAACACAUGUCACACAUCAGUGGAGAAAUAUGAUGCCAAACAAGAUGAAUGGACAACAGUUAUGUCACUUAAUUUUCCUCGCAUAGGUGUAGCUGUUGCUGUACUUGAUAGAAAGCUUUAUGCCGCAGGAGGAUUUGAUGGAAGACACAGGCUCAGGAGUGUUGAAUGUUAUGACGUGGAUACUGAUCUGUGGAAAUUAGUGUCUCCGCUGGUCGAGCGUCGUAGUGGCGCAGGAGCAGCCUCGUUGAAUGGCUUUGUGUAUGCCAUCGGUGGAUAUGACGGCGAAACACAAUUAAAUAGUGUUGAACGCUAUAGCCCAGCCUCGGACAUAUGGAUAACUGUUUCGCCUCUGAUACACAGGAGAAGUGCACUUAGUGCGGCUGUUUUGUGCGGGAAACUUUAUGUAGUCGGAGGUUAUGAUGGAGAAGGGUUUUUGAACACUCUCGAGGAAUACGUCCCUGAACAAGAUUGCUGGAAGUUGGUUAGCAGUAUGAACCUGGGACGUAGCGGAGCGGGGAUUGUAGUAGGUUGGAAACCUGUCACCUAG